GCCCCUCCAGCCGCAGCGCCGUCCGCCCGGCCCAUGGGGUCACUCGUGGCCAAGCUGCUCCUGCCCACCCUCAGCAGCCUGGCCUUCCUGCCCACCGCCAGCAUCGCUGCCAAGAGGCGCUUCCACAUGGAGGCCAUGGUCUAUCUCUUCACCAUGUUCUUCGUGGCGCUCUACCACGCCUGCCACGGGCCCGGGCUCUCCGUCCUCUGCUUCGUGCGGCAUGACCUCCUGGAGUACUUCAGCGUCUACGGCACCGCGCUCAGCAUGUGGGUCUCGCUGAUGGCAUUGGCCGACUUCGACGAACCCAAGCGGUCAACCUUCGUGAUGUUCGGGGUCCUCACCAUUGCCGUCCGCAUCUACCACGACCGCUGGGGCUACGGGGUGUACUCGGGCCCCAUCGGCACAGCCGUCCUCAUCAUCGCGGCUAAGUGGCUGCAGCAGAUGAAGGAGAAGAAGGGGCUGUACCCCGACAGGAGUGUCUACACCCAGCAGAUAGGCCCCGGCCUCUGCUUCGGGGCCCUGGCCCUGAUGCUGCGCUUCUUCUUCGAGGACUGGGACUACACCUAUGUCCAUAGCUUCUACCACUGCGCCCUGGCCAUGUCCUUCAUCCUGCUGCUGCCCAAGGUCAACAAGAAGGCGGGGAGCCCGGGGCCCCCCGCCAAGCUGGACUGCUCCACUCUGUGCUGCGCCUGUAUCUGACCUUGACCCCCGACCCCGGCUCCAAGCCCCGCCGCCCGGUCUCGUGCCUGGCGCAUCCUGCUGUCCUUCUCGCCCCCGAGUGUCCAGGAGCGACUCUGCCCUCGGAUUCCGAGGGUCCCGGGGAUUUGGGGGGCCCUCUGUGCCCAGCGCUUCCAGAGAACCCACUUCCUGAGUUCCUGCUGGGGCCGAGUGACGCCUCCUCCUCCCGGGCCUCAGGCGGCCGAUUACCGGCCUGCAGCGCCCUGGGCUCGGUCCUGCCACCGCCCUUCCCUCUGCACCGAGAGCGCCGCCCGGUCCCCGCCAGAGGGGUUCUGCCCACCCCUGGCCUCCUGCCCUCCCCACUCUGUCCGUUCGCUCUCGGCCCUGCUCUCACGCUCCUGUCCCCGGCCCGGCUCCGAGCAGGCCCACUCGCACCCUGUCCUGGCCCCAG